CAAGCAUUUCGCGUUAUGUGUGCCGUGGUCUCAGCCCAGCAGUGUUGACAAUAGGGUGAAAAGAAACAGCCCCGAACCGAACCGACGGACGAGCUGAAGGAAAACACCAGAACCCAGGGCUUUGGAUCAGUAACGGGAAUGUAAUUGCGUGAACCUAAUCGUUUUAUACAGCCGUGUUUUGUUCUUGAUGGGAGUUUGAGGAUCAUUCCGUUGGAAGGAAAAGGUACUCGUGGGUUUGGCUGUUUGAGGCCACAUUUUCCUGCUGCUCCGCCGCUGCUCGGGAAAGGCUGCUCGCACCGAGCUGGAGGUAGCCGAACAGUCAGCCCGAUAGAUUUCCAAACAUAGGAGAACUCCUCGCCGCCGUCUCCGUUGCGAACCGCAAAGGAUCAAGCAGGGCUAUGUCCUCGGCAGCCACCACGUCUCCAUCUGUGGACAAAGUGGACGGAUUUUCACGGAAGUCUGUCAGGAAGGCCAAGCAGAAGCGGUCGCAGAGUUCGUCCCAGUUCCGCUCUCAGGGCAAACCCAUAGAGCUCACGCCCUUGCCACUGCUCAAGGACGUGCCGGCGCCGGAGCAGCCGGAGCUGUUCCUGAAGAAGCUGCAGCAGUGCUGUACUGUCUUUGACUUCAUGGACACGCUGUCAGACCUCAAGAUGAAGGAGUACAAGCGCUCCACGCUCAACGAGCUCGUGGACUACGUGACCGUCAGCCGGGGGUACCUGACAGAGCAGGCCUACCCCGAGGUCGUCAAAAUGGUGUCUCACAACAUAUUCCGGACCCUUCCGCCCAGUGACAGUAAUGAGUUUGACCCUGAGGAAGACGAGCCCACGCUCGAGGCCUCCUGGCCACACUUACAGUUGGUAUACGAGUUCUUCAUCCGGUUCUUGGAGAGUCAGGAAUUCCAGCCCAGCAUUGCCAAAAAGUACAUAGACCAGAAGUUUGUCCUACAGCUCUUGGAGUUGUUUGACAGCGAGGAUCCUCGGGAGAGAGACUACCUGAAGACAGUCUUGCAUAGAAUCUACGGCAAAUUCCUGGGGCUGAGGGCUUUUAUACGAAAACAGAUCAAUAAUAUUUUUCUACGUUUUGUUUAUGAGACGGAGCACUUCAACGGGGUGGCUGAGUUGCUGGAGAUCCUGGGGAGUAUAAUCAAUGGUUUCGCUCUGCCACUGAAAGCGGAGCAUAAACAGUUUCUGGUCAAAGUGUUGAUCCCCCUCCACACUGUCAGGAGUCUGUCCCUCUUCCACGCACAGUUGGCGUAUUGCAUUGUACAGUUCCUAGAGAAAGACCCAACAUUAACAGAACCAGUCAUCAGAGGCUUACUGAAGUUCUGGCCAAAAACCUGCAGUCAAAAAGAGGUGAUGUUUCUAGGCGAAUUGGAGGAAAUCCUGGACGUCAUCGAACCAACACAGUUCGUCAAGAUCCAGGAGCCGCUCUUCAAACAGAUCUCCAGAUGUGUCUCCAGCCCACACUUCCAGGUUGCAGAGCGAGCUCUGUACUACUGGAACAACGAGUACAUCAUGAGCCUGAUCGAGGAGAACUCCAGCGUCAUCCUGCCCAUCAUGUUUGCCAGCCUCUACAGGAUCUCCAAAGAGCACUGGAACCCGGCGAUCGUGGCGCUGGUGUACAACGUACUGAAGGCCUUCAUGGAGAUGAACAGUACCUUAUUUGAUGAACUCACAGCCACUUACAAGUCGGACCGCCAGCGUGAGAAGAAGAAGGAGAAGGAGCGGGAGGAGCUGUGGAAGAAGCUGGAGGACUUGGAGCUGAAGCGGGGCCUUAGGAGCGACGGCAUCAUCCCAACUUAACGAAGACAGCGCCGCGCUCCCCUCUGCCCCUCCUCCUCUCCCUCUCCACCCACACCCCUACUACUCCCCCUGUGACUCCUCCCCUCACCCUUCUCCCCUCCAUCCUUACCCCGACUCCCCCCUGCCUCCCCCUCCACAUCAGCCAUGUCUGCCCAGAGCUCUGAGAAAUCCCCGAUACAGGCCAUCGUCUGUGGAUGGACACGGAGCGCCCGCUGGUUUCUUAAUGAUUUUUUUCUUAUGUUUUUUUUUUCUCCUGUGUUUGUGCGACUUACUUUACAGUAGAUUCAUCACGUCUGUUUUCAUUAUUUCAACAGCACUGUAAAUAAUUAUUUUUUUCUUUUUCUUUUUUUUUUUUUUCCCCUUAAACUGAUAUUAUUGCAAACGGAAAAACAAAACAAUAAUAAUAAAAAAAAAGGAAGAAAAAAAUAGAAAAUGAGAAAAUGACUUGUGUGGGAGGGGAAUUCAAACAAAAAAAAAACUUUUGGACUGUAGGACAUGAAAUGAACUCUUGAAAACAACAACAACAAAAAAAAACAACAAAAAAAAGAAGAUAGAUUGAUUUGAACUCUUCAUCCCGCUCUUCUUCAGCCCAUGUGUCAUUUUUAUUUUUCUGGUUCUCCUCUUUGCUUUUCCUCUCGUUGCCUCCAUCUUUCUGUUCCCUCCCUUCCUCCCUUCUCUCUAAUGGUGCGUCUGUCAUUUUUGCCCCCGUGUGGGACCUCCGGACUGAAUAUGGAUCCCUCUCCUCUCUGUCUACAGAUUCUAUGUCCUGUUUUAAACGGGGGUAAAAAAAAACUGAACAAAAACAUUUAAAAACAGCAGAACACAUGAACCAUCUCCUCUCAGAGUGCGUUUACAUGCGCAGUCAUUGAAGGGUUGAUUGUGCAGACGGCGGUUGGCUUCAGUUUUGAAUUCCUGGCUCAGUAUAUUUCUUUGUCUCCCUCAAACUAUUUGAUUAAUUCAAGAUUCACAUCUGAAAACAAAAAUCCUGAUCCUGGAUGUGACCGGUGCCUCAAGCGUCACAUUAAAAGCCCCCGUGUAUUUCAUCAGUUUGAACGCUCUUAUUGUGAAGCAGCUGCAGCAGGAAGUGUUUUGCCUGCUGUUUGAAAGCGGUCGGUGAAACAGGAAGUGACAAACUGUAAAUUUAAAGUGUGCGCUCAUCCUUUCCUGUAAUGCCAUCGUCUGAAUUGAACUGAAGUCGCGAGCGGGAACGGCGGACUCCGCCACUCACUCCCCCUGAAUCACCUGAUCGAACUCUGUUUCCUGUUGCCUAGAUGACGUCACUUCCUUGUUGUUUUACCUCGUUUAUCUUGUCAUAUGACCUGUGUGAACUUCCUGUUCACGUCAGCCGGUUUCGAUGAUGCGUGUGAUUCCAGAACGGUCCACAUGUAAACGUACUCUCUUCACCUCCUCUCUCUGCCUCCUCCUCGAAGAAGAACGAUGGACUGCUGUUCACCACUUGAUUAUUUUCCUCCAUCUUCUUUUCAACCUUUGACCCCUCUGACCACGCCCCCGCCCAUCCUGACCCUCCAUACCAGGUCUCCCCUGGUAUCAGUCUGGCACUGGUACCCUCCGGCCAUAACGGGGACUGACAAACACAAACAAAAAAAAGUCUUCAGAGGAGCGCCAAAAAUCUUCCUCCCUGUUGUGAAAAGACGAGCGCCCCGCCUCACCUCACCUCACCCCCACUCCUCCUCCUCCCCCCAUGUCCGCCCACCGGGGGGCGCCGCGUUGACUUCACAGUAUUACAACAACAACAGUGACAAAAAAAGACAACCCUGUACAUUGUUAUUGAAUGCAGUACACUGAUAAUCUUGUAUCUUGUAGUAAUUUAGCCUCUGUUUUUUUGCUUAGGAAACUGUGGAGAGGAGUAUCAGUAUAUAAAGAGGUAUUAUGGAACAAGA